AUGAGCGGAGCGGGCGCGGGCGCGGGAGCGGUUCCUGUGAACGCGCCGCCGCUCUCCGCCGCCGAGGCGCUCUCCUCGCUGCUGUGGCAGCCGUACGAGUGCCGCUCGCCGCCCCCCCCGCGCUCGAGCACCGAUGGGGCGAUCGCGGCGCGCGGCGCGCGGGCGCCCCAGUCGCCGAGUGGCGGUCGUCAUGCGCGCGCGCCGUACGCUACGUACCGCGCCACCAGCUACGAGAUGCGGCUGCCCGUGCCGGCGCCAGCGCCGCUCCGGAAGUCCGACUCGGUGUCGGUCCGAGUGCCGGGCGAGCCGAGUCGCGCGAACGUGUCCAGUGUGAACAUAGUGCAGGUGGACUCGCCGUCCGGCGGUAACGUGAACAGUGCCGUGCAGACGGAGCGCGAGAGGAGCGUCGCGAGUGCUGAGUGCCAGACGGAGGAGCCGGCGCGGCGGCGGCGGCCGAGAAGGGCGCGGGCGCCCCGGGCCCCUGAAAUGGAGAGCGCGCCGCCGCCUCCUUACAGUACGCUGCCGCCGCCGCUGCAUCCCGUGCCAGUUCCAGUGCCGGUGCCGGUGCCGCCCGCGCCCAUAGUCGCACCCCACACCGCACACCGCUUCCCCUUCCAGCCGAUCCCUCUCAGGUGCGGCCCAUUCAACGUUACAGUCCGUUUA